AUGUCAACCCAUAGGAAGCGGGAUAACUGCCACGAUUCAAUGCCAGAGUCAAGCCAAGCUGAGAGGAAAAAAGUAGCCUGCGCGCUUCGCUUUAAUGGAAAUGAAGCUCUUGAAGGACACAUUAACGACCGGAUAUCAAACAUUCCCAGAGGAAAACCUCCGGUCAUUACUGAAGCUUGCUUACGCCUCUACGCAUGUGGUCCUUCAAAUCAUACGAGAUACGAGUACGUUAUUAAGAUCAAGACAGAUCCCGACCAACGGAAGUUAGGUCAGGGACGCAUUUCGGAACUUAUUGAAGAGAUGGACUUCGCUCGACACAUAGCUGAUAACAAAGGCAACUACGAAAUAGUAUCCCCAGAAUUAACGCUGUUUACUGGCAUUUUCGAUGCCUCCGACACCAGCAGCGACGAUGAAGAAGAAUCCAGCUGCGACGAUGAAGAAGAAUCCAGCUGCGGCGAUGAAGAAGAAUCCAGCUGCGGCGAUGAAGAAGAAGCCAGCUGCGGCGAUGAAGAAGAAUCCAGCUGCGGCGAUGAAGAAGAAGCCAGCUGCGACGAUGAAGAAGACUCCAGCAGUUACAAUGGAAGCCCUAGUAGCGAUAAUGGAGACUCCAGCGGGGACGAGGAGAAUCAUGAUCUCCACACCGAAUAG